CCGUCUAUUCUUAAUUUGUCCUUUUAUUAGUAGUUUUUACCUUGUGUGUAACACAAAUUGUUGGUACAUACAAAUUUAUUUAUUUAGGAGAUUGUCAAAUUUAAAUGUCCAACUGAUAACUUCUUUAGAUACCAAAAUGGCGAAUGGAUAUGAAAGAUCCCACUUAUAUAAAGUUCGCGUUCGGACUUCUACCAUUUUAGAAGAAAUGGAGAAAGUGACAGAUAAUCUUCGUCGUUCAUCACGGUGGUCGAUAUUGUUACAAAGACGAAACAUAGCUGCCUUCAUGUCCCCAAUGAACUCCCCUCAUACUUCUAUAAAGAAGAUCGAACGAUCUGUAAUUAAGAAGAAUCAAAGUGACGAGCGUAUGGAACAGUUAAACAAAUGGAAGGAGCAGAAAAAAAAGAGAUUAGCAGCUGAAAAAGCCAAAGCUAAGCCUAUUUUUAAAGUUUGCCGUGUUAAGGAUGUAGUUGUGCCAGACAUAUCUAACAUUUACAAGAAAAUUAAGGGGAAAGACCAAUUUAAGGUAGCACCUUCUUCUACAUAUAAAUUUAAAGCACCUGUUAAUGUAAAACCAUUAAACAUGAAAUCCCCCACUAAGUCAAAGGCGAGACGCAAAAUUGACUUUGUGUUGAACGACACUUCAAGCAAACAAACUAGGGUUUCAAACAAUAGGUCGUAUAAGAACAGCGCGAUGACAAAAAAGACAAGUUCAGAUAUUAAAGUGAUCAAAACAACAACUACUACAGUAAAAGAAACAUACAGAAAGUGUGAAAGCAACGAAGAUGGUGCUCGAUACGUCACUCCUGUUAAAAACGAUUCUCCGGUGGCGUAUAUUAGCCCAUUUAUAACUGUAUCUAGAGGGAAGGAGAAUGCACGCCGUGAAUAUCACAACCGACGGUUUAAUUUAUUUGAGUCGCCCACAGCUAGUGGCGUACAGAAAAAUAUGACUCCCAAAGCUGGCGCCAGAUACUUUGAAAAUUUACUUCAGAUACAGGAGCAGCGCUUAACUCAGCUGUGUUGCAGCUGGGAGACUUACAGUUACACGCAGAAUCCACCCGAGGAGGCUUGUGAUAUGAUCCGUAUGGAAAUUGGUCAAACAAAGCUUUUGAUGCGGAAAAAAUUUACGAAAUUCCAAGAACUCAUCGGCCAGUGCAAAAAUUCAAAUGGGGAUAAAAUUGUAACCUGCCUUGAUCUACACGGAUUUUGGGACAUAAUCUUGAUUCAAAUAAACAAUUUAGAUAGUCGAUUUGAAAAUUUAGAUCGUCUUAAGACUAACAAUUGGGAAGAGAUUCUUCCUGUAGCACCUACAAGUACAAAGCAAGUCAAACUGAAAAAAGUUAGCAACACUAAACGAAAGGGAGUAAAGAGUAGCUUGCAGGAUUUAAUAAAAGAACAACGCAAAAAAAAUAUGAAAGAAAUUAAAAAUUCUCCAAUGAUUGUUGUAACCACACCACGCAGUAAGCUGGCAGAUAUAUCGAACAUAUUGCACGAAUCUGCUGUCGUCACUCCUCGUAACCAAAGAGCAAUGCCGGAACGAACGCCAAAACAGCAUAGUAUACGAAAAGUAAAAUCUGUCUUAUUCUCUGAGAGUACAGAAAAGGAAAAUUUGUGCGAGACCUCAAACCUCAUUCAGUUUUCUCCCAAUAAAUCCGUGGAACAUCCCAGAAGAUCAAGUACGUCGGUUGUGAUAUUCCUUCCAUUUGUUUAACUGUUCCAUACGCUCGUCACUUUGAUUCUUCUUAAUUACAGAUCGUUCGAUCUUCUUUAUAGAAGUAUGAGGGGAGUUCAUUGGGGACAUGAAGGCAGCUAUGUUUCGUCUUUGUAACAAUAUCGACCACCGUGAUGAACGACGAAGAUUAUCUGUCACUUUCUCCAUUUCUUCUAAAAUGGUAGAAGUCCGAACGCGAACUUUAUAUAAGUGGGAUCUUUCAUAUCCAUUCGCCAUUUUGGUAUCUAAAGAAGUUAUCAGUUGGACAUUUAAAUUUGACAAUCUCCUAAAUAAAUAAAUUUGUAUGUACCAACAAUUUGUGUUACACACAAGGUAAAAACUACUAAUAAAAGGACAAAUUAAGAA